CAUGAACAACGGAAAAUAAAAUAAAUGGCUUCCAUUAAUAAAUUUAAUAGGCGAUGAAGUAACCCACUGCGUUAGUUACCCAAUGGGUACUAAGUAGAUCAGCUGUCUGGCCAUCAAAAACUAUCGAUAUCAGCUGUAGUAACGAUCAUGUCCAAGCAGGUGUUGGCUAAAAUCCGCCCGUCCUCGAGCCUUAUCCUGCUGGCCAAGGACCAGGCGCCGAAACAAAAAUCCUUUGAUUACAAUGCUCUGCUACUGACCCGUACUCAGAAGUCCAGCUUUAUGCCGGAAUCAUCAGUCUUUCCAGGAGGAGUUUGUGAUGUUACUGACAAUUCACCAGCCUGGCUGGAACAUUUUCAUCGUGGCAAAAUUGACGCUGCCAAGUUACGUGAUUUGGGCCACGUGAAAGGUCCACGGCCAGAAAUUUUCCAGGCAGAGGAGACUGAUAAGAAAAUAGAUCCGAAUCUGUCCCUUCGGUUGACCGCUAUACGGGAAACAUUCGAGGAACUUGGUAUUCUAUUGUGCCGGGACAGAAAGUCAUUAACUUCUACCAGCGGAUACGGAAAAUUUUACGAUCAAUUCGAUCGCGCCCACUGGCAGCAUGUAGUCCACAACGAUGCCAGCCAGUUUCUGGAGUUGUGCAAGCAGCUUGAUGUUGUUCCGGAUGUGUGGUCCCUCCACGAGUGGUCCGCCUGGCGAACGCCCUCAACCUUUAAAAAACGUUUUGAAACCGCCUUUUUCUUGACUGCUCUGGAAGAGCAGCCAACGGUCCACAUCGAACCCUAUGAAGUGAAAGAUUGUGCGUGGCGGUCCCCGUUGGAUUACCUUAAAGCAUGCCUAAGGAGGGAGCUGUGGUUGCCGCCUCCGCAGUUUUAUGAGCUCAGCCGUUUUCUUAACUUUAGCUCUCUGGAAGGUCUGCGAAAGUUUGCUGAGGAGCGAUCUGCCAAAGGCACCGAUCUGAUCCAUCCAGUUAUGUACAAAUGCACCGACGGCACUGUGCAUCUCUUGCCUGGGGACGAAUUGUAUCCCGCUGAUCCGGACGCUACCCCCGACAAAAUCGACAUUAAUUUGUCAGUCGAGGAUUUCCGAUUGCUGGCCAAGGGAAAAUUGCACCGUUCAGAGCACUGGAACCAAUAUCAGUCGAAUUUGCUGAUCAAUUUUGACCGAGGCGAUGGUCAGGUUCACCCUUUAGACCCAAGUAAACUGUAAACUGUAGCUUUGCAUAAAUGUUAUUACGAAUGAUA